AUGGAGGAUCAGGCAAUUAAAUACCAAGUUUUAUUGCAGAAAUUGGCCACUCAGUCCCAGGUGGAUAAACUACAGGCACUCUUACAAAGAGAAGAUGCUGAAACUUUAGUCAAAUUGGAUAAAUUCAUCCAAGAUGCUGAAUUAAGGCAUAACAAAAGUAUACGUCGAUUAGAACUACAAAGAACGGAUUUGACUUCUAUAUUGGCACAUUACCAAAAUGCAUUGAGUCUUGUAUCGGAUUCUCAUAAUGUUGCAAGACAAGUUCAUUCAGAUAUUAGUAGAGCUGAUAAAGAGAGAAAAUUGGUUGAUACAACGCUUCAAUUCGUUACCCAAGUACGUUCUUUAAAGACACAUAUAGCAGUUGCACACGAAGCAUUUAGCAAGAAUGAAUACUCUACAGUUGCUAGAAGUAUUCAACAGAUUCGUCAAUUGGAUCCAAAGGUCAUGGAUUCACAGUUCGCUAAGCGUGUUGUUCCAUCAAGUGAAAUUCCUGAGGAUCCAUCAGUUUUGGUAAAUCAAUGGUGUGAAAAAUGUACAAAAGUAUUCAAGACGAAUUUUUUGGAUGCUGCGUCUCGUCAAGAUGUUGAUCAAUUGACUUUAACAUUUCAGAUGUUCCCGCUGAUUGGUCAAGAUUCUCUUGGUUUGGAUCUCUAUUCCAAAUACGUUUGUGAUAUCGUAGCAGGUCAAUCUAGAAAAAUCAUGACAGGUGAAAACAAAAGGCCUGGUGUAUUUGCUCAGGCACUUUUACACCUUUGUAAAAUUGUUUCCACAGUGAUCAAUAACCAUAGUCAAAUCAUUGCCGCCUGCUACGGGUUACAUCACAUGGUGCACGUCAUGGAGAAGGUGGAAAAGGAGGUCGAUCUACAAGCUGGAUUAGUACUUGACGUCUUCACAGAAGUCCGUAAAUUACAAAGAGUGGUACAUGGCGUUAACGAAUGGAAUUCAAAUCCCAGGCAUCAUCAACCGCAAUAUCAACAGCAACAACAGCAACUACAACAACAAAAUCAACAAUAUCGUGAAGGAUCUAACGAAGAGGCAAUUAACGAGCCAAUUACAGUGGCCGAAUUAUCAAGUUUGAUGACGGAAUUUUCACAAAUUUUACAAAACUGGUCCAUGUAUUCACUUUUCUUUAGCGUUCGUUGGUAUGAGUUUCGUAACGAGACGAAAUCGCCAUUACAACCUCCUUCGCCAAUUUUAAAUGGGCAAUUGACGACUAAACUAAGCAAUGACAAUUUUUUGUCGAAUUUCCAAAUUUUAAUUGUCCAUUACCUACAAAGAUCCUUCCGUAAGAGUCUUUCCUUGGAAGAAUUACCUUUAUUAGACAAAUUGGUUUCAACAAAACCUUUCAAACAUACAGAUUUAUCUACCUAUCCGAUUUCAUCUGUAUUGGAGGAUUUAUCCAUUUUAAUUAAAAGGACUUUAAUUUUAACAGUUAAUACUGGACAAUCUGAACUACUUUCGCAUUUUCUGGAUCAAUUAGCUAAAUUUUAUCAAAAUGAAUUUUUAGUCAGAUUCAUGCAAAAUAAAUUUAAAGAUUUACAUCCUAAACUGGCAUCGACUCUUUUUUUGAAAAAAGUCGAUAAUCAUCCAAAUUCCACCGGUACUACCCAGUCAUCAACAAAACUAUCACAAUUGGGGUUCAAUUUUAGAGGUGCUGCCGCCAAUGCCCUGACCAACAUUCAAUCCAAUUUACAAUCAGUGGUCUCUGAUAACGAAUCUGUGAUGUUUCUACGUCAAUAUUUGAUCUACGUGAAUACGUUGUACUUUAACGUAAGAUUUGUGCAUCGUCUAUUAACAGUUGAAAUUUUAGAGGAAAAUCCAAAUCUUCUUCAUGAUAAUUUCCCCUUUGGUGAGGAUUCCACUAACUUAUCGAAAAAAAUUGGAGCUUGUGAAGGGUUGAUCAUUAGACAGAAUAAUAAGUUACAGAAAUGGUGUGUUAAGAUUCUUUUCGAAAGUGUGUUUUUGAGCAAAAUACGAACUUUGAUCCAUCCUGUUUUCAGUAACGGUAAUGAGGACAAUUAUAUUUCUAACGCUGAUGAUUUUGAAAAUCUAUCUAGUGUUAAUGACUUCGUGUCCAAAUGGAAAUCUACAAUGAUACCAUUUCAGAAUGUUUUCUGUGCUGAAUCUUGGGCGGAACUGUUGUCAUUAAUGAUUGACACCAUUGUUCGAAUUUUAGAACAAAGAGUAUGGACUCUAAGAGUAAACGAACUCGGUGCUACAAAACUUGACAGAGAGCUCAGCCUGUUAAUAACUACGGUAUGCUCUACCAACUACAUAUUAAGAGAGAAAUUCACCAAAUUGACUCAGUUAGUUCUUGUCCUAGGAUUUGACGAUGACGAUUUCGACGUGGAUUCGGGCGACAUCAAGGAAGAGAUCGAGAGUGGCAUGAACUGGGUCAUCUCACCACAGGAAAGAAUCAAAGUCAGAAGUUUAAAAGUUGAUAAGAGGCAUUGA